UCCUUCAGCGGGUCUUCGGCGGCCGCGAGAAGACCCGGGAGUCACUAGAUGCGCAAGAUGGCGACAGCGGCCGCAACAUCGGCUUCAGAAGCGGAGGCUGAGCCCAAGGCCGGGCCCACAGCGGAGGGCGAGGAGGAUGACGUUAAGACGGCUAGGACGAGGAGGAAGGUGUUGUCGCGGGCCGUGGCCACUGCGACGUACAAGGCCGUGGGGCCGGGGUGGGACCAGCCGGAGGAAGGCGUGAGUGAGAGCGAUGGGGACGAGGAGUACGCCAUGGCUUCCUCCGCCGAGAGCUCCCCUGGGGAGUACGAAUGGGAGUAUGACGAAGAGGAGGAGAAGAACCAGCUGGAAAUCGAGCGGCUGGAGGAGCAGCUGUCUAUCAACGUCUAUGACUACAACUGCCAUGUAGACCUGAUCCGGCUGCUCCGGCUGGAAGGGGAGCUUACCAAAGUGAGGAUGGCUCGCCAGAAGAUGAGUGAGAUCUUUCCUUUGACUGAAGAGCUCUGGUUGGAGUGGCUGCAUGACGAGAUCAGCAUGGCUCUGGAUGGCCUGGACAGAGAGCACGUGUACGACCUCUUUGAGAAAGCUGUGAAGGAUUAUAUUUGUCCUAACAUUUGGCUGGAGUAUGGCCAGUACUCAGUCGGUGGAAUUGGUCAGAAAGGUGGCCUUGAGAAAGUCCGUUCUGUGUUUGAAAGGGCGCUCUCGUCAGUUGGCUUACAUAUGACCAAAGGACUCGCCAUCUGGGAGGCUUACAGGGAGUUUGAAAGUGCCAUUGUGGAAGCUGCCCGGCUGGAGAAAGUCCACAGUCUCUUCCGGCGACAGCUGGCGAUCCCACUCUAUGAUAUGGAGGCCACAUUUGCAGAGUAUGAAGAGUGGUCAGAAGACCCAAUACCAGAGUCGGUAAUUCAGAACUAUAACAAAGCACUACAGCAGUUGGAGAGAUACAAACCCUAUGAAGAAGCACUGUUGCAAGCAGAGUCACCCAGGCUGGCUGAAUAUCAAGCGUACAUCGACUUUGAGAUGAAAAUUGGUGACCCUGCUCGCGUGCAGUUGAUCUUCGAGCGUGCCCUUGUCGAGAACUGCCUCGUCCCAGACCUGUGGAUCCGCUACACUCAGUUCCUCGAUCGGCAGCUGAAAGUGAAGGAUUUGGUUUUAUCUGUACAUAACCGUGCUGUUAGAAACUGCCCAUGGACAGUUGCUCUAUGGAGUCGUUACCUCUUGGCCAUGGAAAGACAUGGAGUUGACCACCAAGUGAUUUCUGUGACCUUUGAGAAAGCUUUGAGCGCUGGCUUCAUUCAGGCCACUGAUUAUGUGGAGAUUUGGCAGGCGUACCUUGAUUACCUGAGGAGAAGGGUUGAUUUCAAACAAGAUUCCAGUAAAGAGCUGGAAGAGCUGAGGUCUGCGUUCACUCGCGCCUUGGAGUAUCUGAAGCAGGAGGUGGAGGAGCGUUUUAAUGAGAGCGGAGAUCCAAGCUGCAUGAUCAUGCAGAACUGGGCUAGGAUCGAGGCUCGACUGUGCAAUAAUAUGCAGAAGGCUCGGGAACUCUGGGACAGCAUCAUGACCAAAGGGAAUGCCAAGUAUGCCAACAUGUGGCUCGAGUAUUACAACCUGGAAAGGGCACACGGUGACACCCAGCACUGUCGGAAGGCCCUGCACCGGGCAGUCCAGUGCACCAGUGACUACCCAGAGCACGUCUGUGAAGUGUUGCUCACCAUGGAGAGGACAGAAGGUACCCUAGAAGAUUGGGAUAUAGCUGUUCAGAAAACCGAAACUCGACUAGCUCGUGUUAAUGAGCAGAGAGUUAAGGCUGCAGAGAAGGAAGCAGCCUUCGCCCAGCAAGAGGAAGAAAAGGCCGAACAGCGGAAAAGGGCACGGGCCGAGAAGAAAGCGUUGAAAAAGAAGAAAAAGACCAGAGGCGCAGACAAGCGCAAAGCAGAAGAGGAUGAUGAGAAGGAGUGGGGAGAUGAUGAAGAAGAGCAGCCUUCCAAACGCAGGAAGGUGGAGAACAGCACUCCUCCAGCCGGGGAAGCACAGGACCUAGAGGCAGAAACCGGCCUCUUUGGGAAGAGUGCGCCUGUAGACGUCGACCCCCCCUCCAAGCAGAAGGAGAGGGCAGCCGCCCUGAAGAGGGACAUGCCCAAGGUGCCCCAUGACAGCAGCAAGGACAGCAUCACCGUCUUCGUCAGCAACCUGCCCUACAGCCUGGGUGAGCCGGACCUGAAGCUCCGGCCGCUCUUUGAGGCCUGUGGGGAGGUGGCAGAGAUCCGCCCCAUCUUCAGCAACCGGGGCGAUUUCCGAGGCUACUGCUAUGUGGAGUUUAAAGAGGAGAAGUCCGCCCUGCAGGCGCUGCAGUUGGACCGGAAGACUGUGGAAGGGAGGCCGAUGUUUGUUUCCCCCUGUGUGGAUAAGAGCAAAAAUCCCGAUUUCAAGGUGUUCAGGUAUAGCACCGCCCUGGAGAAACACAAGCUGUUUGUCUCAGGCCUGCCUUUUUCCUGCACCAAAGAGGAACUAGAAGAAAUCUGUAAGGCUCAUGGCACUGUGAAGGACAUCAGGCUGGUUACCAACCGGGCAGGGAAACCGAAGGGUCUGGCCUAUGUGGAGUAUGAAAAUGAGUCCCAGGCAUCCCAGGCUGUACUGAAGAUGGAUGGCAUGACUAUCAAAGAGAAUGUCAUCAAAGUGGCCAUCAGCAAUCCCCCUCAGAGGAAGGUUCCAGAGAAGCCAGAGGCAAGGAAAGCUCCAGGUGGCGCCAUGGUGCCGCGGCAGAUUUAUGGAGCGCGGGGGAAGGGGAGAACCCAGCUCUCCCUGCUGCCUCGUGCCCUGCAGCGCCCAAGUGUGACAGUCGCCCAGGCCGAGAACGGCCCUGCUCCGCAGCCAGCGGUCACCACCUCAGCAGCCACCGAGGCACCCAAGAUGUCCAAUGCCGAUUUUGCCAAGUUGCUUCUGAGAAAGUGAAUGGGACUCUGGAGAAGGGAAAUGCCUUACUGCACGCUGGCCAGGAAGAGCAGCCGGCACCCAGCUGUACUCUGGGUAUGGAAGGGCCCGGGGCAGCACCCGUCCUGUGUAUUUUCCUCGCGGUUAGACAGAAAGGGAUGAGGGUGUCCAAGGAAAGAGGCUUGAAGUGCUCCCUCAUAUUGAGGGCAAGGGGAGGAAAGUGACCACUCCACGGGUUGAGCCCAGUGUGUAGUUUCUUAAGCUAUUUUUGUGUCUUACAGAGUGAGAAACAGAAGUGAAACUCAAACACACCAUUUUGAGACCUACUUGUCCAAACAUUUUUGGUCAGCUCUGGCCCCCUUUUAUAAGACACUUCUCUUAACAGCCUGCACAGCUCAUGUGCCCGUCACUCUUUUAAUUUUAAAAGACAAAAUGGCAGAUGCUAGUAAUUCACCAGAAUGGCCUAUUUUAGUAAAGGGGUGGUGGGGACUGGGGAAGUCACAUAAAAAACAUUUGAUGGAUUUUUGUUGGGGGGGGGGGUUGUGCGUUUUUAUAUUAUGUAUUUGUAAAUGACACAUCAGCCCACUGUUUUAUGUUUCCUAAAAGCAAAAUAUUUGUGACCUUUGUUUUAUAUGGGAGCUGUGUGUGCCACCUGCUCUGGACCAUUUUCUUUGCCUAGUGAUUAGUGAACCGUGUUCUUUGUCUAAAUACUGAGUUUCAGCCCUUUGGUUUUGUUUAAAUACCACGUCAAGUGCAAACUUAAAUUCUCCCCACUUAGCUUUGUUUAUUAAACUGAAGUUCUCUUCAAAGCUUCUUGCUGAAUGGUACUCAGAUGUGCAUUCAAACGUGGAUGGAUUUUGAAAUGGGUGCACUUGUGUUACCUAACAGAUGUGUAAAUAGAACUUUUGUAAGUCAGA